UUCGAAACAUAAUUGAUUCAACAAGAUGAAGCUUAUUUUGCCAAUCGUUUUUUGUUUAUCCGUUGUCUUUGUCUCAGCUACCGAGAAGCCUCGUGCUUUUGGAAUUGGUGCUGCCAUUGGUGCCGGAUCACAGCCGUUUAUAAUAUCCGGUCAGCAACAGAUGGCUAUUGGGCCCCCAGGACCACCUGGUCCUGCUGGUCAACCUGGACCACGAGGUCCAGCAGGUUCACGAGGGGCACGUGGUGAAGAGGGUAGACCUGGACCACCUGGGCCAAUGGGACCACCUGGUGAACCAGGGCCAGAUGGAAGAGCUGGUUUCCCCGGACCACGAGGACCAACAGGAUCGUCUGGUUCAAGGGGUGUCCCCGGUCCAAUUGGACCACCUGGUCCUAUUGGACCCAUAGGACCACCUGGACCUAUAGGAGCACCAGGUGCAGCAGCAGCAGUUGCUGGCAAAUAGCUAUUGGAAACGCAGACUGAGCCCAUAAGUGAGUCUGCGGAUGACUAUGAUCAAUAUUCUGUUCUAAACGUCCAUAACAAUUACUAUAUAACAUGGGAAAAGCAAACUGAGGCAAGUCAACCUGCGUACGACUAUAAUAAUGAUUACUAUGUUGAUAAUAUCAACCCUUAUUAUUAUGGCAAAUAACUUAUUUAUGAAAGCUUAUUAUAAAUGCAUAUUUAUUUAAAUACAAAUAUUUAUAAAUUAAAAAUUUCUAAA